AUGAAUAUAGAAUCUAUUUUUUCAUUGUUUAAUAUUGUAUCAGUACUGUUCUUGAUCAUUACCACUCAAGUUAGGGCUCGUGGUGGUAGACCGUUUGAUGAAAACUAUGUCGUUAAGUGGGGACAAGUCUUGAAACUCAAUCAAGGGAAAGAAGUUGAACUCUCCAUGGAUCGUUCUUCAGGUUCUGGCUUUGAGUCUAGAAGCCACUACGGAUCAGGAUACUUCCAAAUGAGAAUCAAAUUGCCUCCAAAAGAUUCCGCAGGCGUCGUUACCGCAUUCUACUUGACCUCGAAGGGAAACACCCACGACGAGAUUGAUUUUGAGUUCUUGGGGAAUAGAGAAGGAAAACCGAUUGCAAUGCAAACAAAUGUGUUUGCCAAUGGCCAAGGAAAUAGAGAACAAAAGUUUGUUUUUUGGUUCGAUCCCACCGCAGAUUUCCACACUUAUGGGAUUCUCUGGAAUCCAUAUCAUAUUGUGUUUUAUGUGGACAAAAUACCAAUAAGGGUAUUCAAAAAUGACAAAAGAUAUGGCGUGAGCUAUCCAUCAAAGCCCAUGCAAGUGGUGGCUAGUCUGUGGAACGGCGAGGACUGGGCAACAAAUGGUGGUAGAGACAAGAUUAAUUGGGCCUAUGCUCCUUUUAAGGCCAAUUUUCAAGGUUUUUCCGGUUCUGGUUGUCACGCGGAUGGUCAAAGCAUUAAUGCGAAAAGUUGUGGUUCGACAAUGUACUGGUGGAACGCAAGGAAGUAUAGUAGGUUAAGUGCAAUCAAACAGAAGGAACUCAGGAAUGUGAGAGCAAAGCACAUGAACUAUGAUUAUUGUUCAGAUCGGGCUAGAUUUCCUGUUCCUCCUGUUGAAUGUCGAUGGAAUCAGUAA